CCGCCCCCUGCCUCCCCAGUCGCGCCGGCGGCUGGACGGGAGCGGAGGGGAGCGGGUCCAUCCGCGCUGCCAGCCCGCCCCGUCCCGUCCUGAGCCGGCCCGAGGGGCAGCGCUGGCGGGGAGCCGCCGCCCCAUGCGCUGAGCGGCGGCGGGAUGGGGCCGCGGGGCACGUGCCUCCUGCCGCUGCUGCUGUGCGCCGCGCUCCGGAGCCUGCGGGCCAGCCCCGGCAGCGAGGUGAAUUUACUGGACUCACGUACAGUAAUGGGGGAUCUAGGAUGGAUUGCCUACCCAAAAAAUGGGUGGGAAGAAAUUGGUGAGGUGGAUGAAAACUACGCUCCGAUACACACAUACCAAGUAUGCAAGGUAAUGGAACAGAAUCAGAACAACUGGCUUCUGACCAGCUGGAUCUCCAAUGAGGGGGCAUCCCGCAUCUUCAUUGAGCUCAAAUUCACCCUGAGGGACUGUAACAGCCUUCCAGGAGGACUUGGGACCUGCAAGGAGACUUUCAACAUGUACUACUUUGAGUCCGAUGAUGAAGAUGGGAGGAACAUCAAAGAAAACCAGUACAUCAAGAUUGAUACCAUUGCUGCUGAUGAGAGCUUCACAGAGUUAGACCUUGGCGACAGAGUGAUGAAGCUCAACACGGAGGUGAGAGACGUGGGGCCCCUGACAAAGAAGGGAUUUUACCUGGCUUUCCAGGACGUGGGUGCCUGCAUCGCCCUGGUCUCCGUGCGCGUGUACUACAAGAAGUGCCCGUCGGUGAUCCGCAACCUGGCCCGCUUCCCUGACACCAUCACGGGUGCAGAUUCCUCGCAGCUCCUGGAGGUGUCGGGCGUCUGCAUCAACCACUCGGUGACUGAGGAGGCACCCAAGAUGCACUGCAGUGCGGAGGGGGAAUGGCUGGUGCCCAUCGGGAAGUGCUUGUGCAAGGCAGGCUAUGAGGAGAAGAACAACACCUGCCAAGUAUGCAGACCUGGGUUCUUCAAAGCUUCACCCCACAGUCCAUCCUGCAGCAAAUGUCCCCCUCACAGCUACACACUUGAUGAAGCAUCCACAUCUUGCCUGUGUGAAGAACACUAUUUUAGGAAGGAAUCAGACCCACCUACAAUGGCCUGUACAAGACCCCCCUCUGCUCCUCGGAGUGCCAUCUCAAAUGUUAACGAGACUAGUGUCUUUCUGGAAUGGAUUCCCCCUGCUGAUACUGGUGGAAGGAAAGAUGUGUCUUAUUAUAUUGCAUGCAAGAAGUGCAGCUCACACUCGGGUCUGUGUGAGGCGUGUGGCGGUCAUGUCAGGUACCUCCCCCAGCAAACCGGCCUGAAAAACACCUCUGUCAUGAUGGUGGAUCUGCUUGCUCACACAAACUAUACCUUUGAAAUUGAGGCAGUGAAUGGAGUGUCCGACCAGAGCCCCGGAGCCCGGCAGUUUGUGUCUGUAAAUGUAACCACAAACCAGGCAGCACCUUCUCCAGUCAGUACUGUGAAAAAAGGGAAGAUAACUAAAAAUAGCAUCUCCCUUUCCUGGCAGGAGCCAGAUCGACCCAAUGGCAUCAUCCUGGAAUACGAAAUCAAAUAUUUUGAAAAGGACCAGGAGACGAGCUACACCAUCAUCAAGUCCAAAGAGACGACGAUUACGGCGGAUGGCUUGAAGCCAGGCUCGGCGUACGUCUUCCAGAUCCGAGCCCGCACGGCUGCCGGCUACGGGGGCUUCAGCCGCAGGUUCGAGUUCGAAACCAGCCCAGUGUCAGUAGCUGCAUCCAGCGACCAGAGCCAGAUUCCUAUAAUUGUUGUGUCUGUAACAGUGGGAGUCAUUCUGCUGGCUGUUGUUAUCGGUUUCCUUCUCAGCGGAAGUUGCUGCGAUCAUGGCUGUGGGUGGGCUUCUUCUCUGCGUGCUGUUGCCUAUCCGAGCCUAACAUGGCGAUGUGGCUAUAGCAAGGCUAAGCAAGAUCCAGAAGAAGAAAAGAUGCAUUUUCAUAAUGGCCACAUUAAGCUGCCUGGAGUGAGGACCUAUGUGGACCCCCACACCUACGAGGACCCUAAUCAAGCUGUCCACGAGUUUGCUAAGGAAAUUGAAGCUUCAUGCAUAACCAUUGAAAGAGUUAUCGGAGCUGGUGAAUUUGGGGAAGUCUGCAGUGGGAGGCUGAAGCUGCAGGGAAAGCGUGAGUUUCCAGUGGCUAUCAAAACCCUGAAGGUGGGUUACACAGAGAAACAGAGAAGAGAUUUCUUGGGAGAAGCAAGCAUCAUGGGGCAGUUUGACCACCCCAACAUCAUCCACCUGGAAGGUGUUGUCACAAAAAGCAAACCAGUAAUGAUAGUGACUGAAUACAUGGAGAAUGGCUCUCUGGAUACAUUUUUAAAGAAGAAUGAUGGGCAGUUCACCGUCAUCCAGCUGGUUGGGAUGCUGCGAGGCAUCGCCUCAGGAAUGAAGUACCUGUCUGACAUGGGUUAUGUGCACAGAGAUCUGGCCGCCAGGAACAUCCUGAUCAACAGCAACUUGGUCUGCAAGGUGUCAGACUUUGGCCUCUCCAGAGUCCUAGAAGAUGACCCUGAAGCAGCGUACACAACCAGGGGAGGGAAGAUCCCCAUUCGAUGGACAGCGCCUGAAGCGAUCGCCUUCCGCAAAUUCACAUCUGCCAGCGACGUCUGGAGCUACGGCAUUGUGAUGUGGGAGGUGAUGUCCUACGGCGAGCGGCCCUACUGGGAAAUGACAAACCAAGAUGUGAUUAAAGCCGUGGAGGAAGGCUAUCGCCUGCCAAGUCCCAUGGACUGCCCUGCUGCUCUCUACCAACUAAUGCUCGACUGCUGGCAGAAAGACCGCAACAGCAGGCCCAAGUUUGAUGAAAUUGUCAGCAUGUUGGACAAGCUCAUCCGUAACCCCAGCAGCUUGAAGACCUUGGUUAAUGCAUCGAGCAGAGUGUCAAAUCUGUUGGUAGAGCACAGUCCAGUUGGGAGUGGUGCCUACAGGUCCGUGGGUGAGUGGCUGGAAGCCAUCAAAAUGGGCCGAUACACAGAGAUCUUCAUGGAGAAUGGAUACAGUUCAAUGGAUGCAGUGGCUCAGGUGACCCUAGAGGAUGAAUCACCUUGUGAAAAGUGGAGCCUCACCCUCCACCCUCUCUUUCCAACUGGAUAUCAGACUUGAAGGGAACCUUUCCAGUGGACCAGACCUGCUCUUUAAACUUGUGGACCACCUAGUGACUUUGAGUGUGUCUGGAGCUCUUUCAAUCCACUGCAAGAAUAACUUUACCAGGACAAUACUCAAGAAUAGAUAGAUCCAUGACAUGAGUUUCAGUCUGACCCUUGACUGGACCAAUUACUAACCAUGUGGACUACAUAUUUUCACCUUUUGAAAGAUCUGUAAUCACUGAAUCUCAGGACACCCUGUUGUUUGUUAUUAGAUGAAGAGCUCUGAAUAUUUGUAAUAAUAUGUGUUGUGUUGCUUUGCAUUGUAUAUAUUUUUCUUCUAAAAUAAAAUAAAUUAUUUAUUAAAAGUUAUACUGGAUGAAGAACAUUUAAGAGUUCACCUGCUCUAGAUGCUUAUUCUUAACCUGAAAUCUCAGUCCUGGGAUUUUGAUGCUGUGUCUGCUUCUGAACAAAUCCUCAUCUUGUAAUAAAUUAGAAUGGGAAUUAUGAGUAAGAGCAGAUGAACUCUUAAAACAAAAUUUUCUAAGUCCUCAUUUCAUGCAAAUGUCCCUAGCAAGCGGAUUCCUCUCUCUUUAGCAUUGUCUGAAGGUCUUUGAGGUUCUUCUUGUUUCCCCUCUCUCAAACUGACAACUAAUUCCAUGAGUAGUCCCAGUCUGCAUGGGCAGCUGUAGUUACACCACGUGCAGAAGAGUGGUGAGAUCUGCCCUGGAUGGGAGGUGAAAUACAAAAUACCUGUGGUAGGCUGACGGCUGCUGACCUCAGAGAUCUUUCAGGACUGUGGCCCUUUUGCUUGCAUGACUAAACCGGCUGGUGAGGGGGUUGUAUUUUAUGUGGAAAUCAGUCCUAGUCUACACUGUGUUUGGCAAACUGGUCCAUGGUGUAUAAGUAGUUCUAUUUGUAAAUAAAAUGUUUUAAAUCUAUUUCUUACAACAUGGAGACUGUGAAUUCAACCCUUGCACAUGGAGGCUCUUGCAGGGAAGGGGAUACCGUGUUGUCACUGGCAUGUUGCAGCUGGGCUUCCAUGAAAGGCAGUGGUAAGAGAGCAGCAUGCAUGCAGCUGUGUACAGGCUGCUUGGCAUGAGCUGACACCAAUUUUCCCCCUUAUUUCCUUGGCUUUUUGGUCAGCUUAGGUAAGCCUUUUAAUACCUUGUUGACAAGUGAUUCAAAUUCCUGCCUGCUUUAAUUUCCAGCCCUAUCUGAAUGGAAGAAGUGAAAAGAUAAACUUCCUCCCCAAAAUAAGAAUAAAAGUUGUCCCAUGGCUGGGGAGGCCAAGUAUUUUGAAGCAGGGAGACCACCCAGCACAUGGGUGCACGGAUCUCCACUGCAGAGGCACACGCAAAACCCAACACCAGGGGUCAGGUCACUCCCACAGCAAGGAGCAGCCUGGAUCCUGAUCGCAGAUGCCCGCGGGUCUCAGUUGUGCAUUUUCCUGCAGGGAAUGCACAUUUUUACUGUAAAGCCCCAGUGGGUGUCUGCACACAUCUCCUCUUGGAGAAAUUUCCAUUUGGCUGCAGUAACAUGAGCCAAGCAGCCCUGACUGGAGCUUAAAGGCAGUUGUUUUUACAGCCCUCCAGCACAGAAGUUGUUGGGGAUGUUUUUGUCCCCAAACCAGGUGGUUUGUGCACCCAAUUCUGUUCAAAACUGUAUUCUGCCUUACACCUCUUUAAGUGCUUCAGCACUGGAUGGAUAGGCUUACAGCAACGUGCUGUAAGUCAUGCUUGAAACAUCGGAAUUAAAGCUACAUUCUCUAGGCAGUUUUUUAAAAGUUUUUGUUGUUGUCUUUGAUAUGUGCAAGGUGGCUUUUGAAUAAACCUGCUGAUUUUUAUACUUGGCAAGCAUCUGGUUCAGGAGCUGUGUCUUCUGGGUCAUCUUUGCUGAGGUGCAAGACCCCACAGUAGUGUUUUUCCCCUCUCUGAGGAGUCCCCCAUGCUUUUGGCUAGUGGCUUCACAUUUGAGAGGAUUUGAUAUUAAAAAAAAAAUCCUGAAUCCCCUGGUGAGCAGUUAAUGUAUUGAAACCAGAAACUCUUUUUUCUUCUUUCUCUCUUGUAAAUCAAUGAGACACUCCUCAAGGAUAUUGAGUUAAGGGGAUACUGUAUGGGGAGAAAAAAAGGCUGUGUAGUGAACUGGGUGGGGGAUUUAUUGGACUGAUGGGGCUGUGUGUGAAAGGCCAAGACGUGCAUGCUUUUUUCCGAGUUUGAGGCUGUUUUUACCAGCAAAACAUGCAAGAGUGUCACAAAUUAUACAUCUGUGAAAUACGUGGUACUGGAUUUUCAAAAGAGCUCAGCUUGCACUUUAGAUACCUGGGAAAAAAAUAAAGCUGAUUUUUCAAAAAUGCCAGCAGAGCAGGACUCAGCAGGGGGAAGAUGGAUGUUGUCUCUUUUAAAAAUCAGGUCCUAUACUGUGUUGGUUUCAGAGGUUGGUUUGUUUUUUUGUUUUGAGGGUUUUUUUGGUUGGUUUUUUUUUUUUUUUUGAUCUCUGGUGUGAACUUCCAACUGUGCUGUGUACAUAAAAUAAAUUGCAUGUAACAAUAGCAUUACUUCAUUUUCCUUCAUUAUUAAGAUGGCUUGCUGAACUAGUUUCACAAUUCAGUGGAGGCAGAAAUUAAAACAUGUCCCCCUGAGAAGGUAGACACCUUUUGCAGGUGCUGCAGCCUUUUCUGUGCCAGGUAAGGAGCACUGCUGAUGUGUCUCAUUGACCUCCUUUGCUCUGUGCCCCUUAUGUUAUGAUUUCCCUUUGCAUCAUCAAGAAGCAUUGCUGAAAAAGGGUACAAUAAUGAAAUUAUGUGUUUAGCCCAAAGCAAAAAACUUGGUAUUUUCCAAAUCAAAAGGCAGAAAACAUGACAGUCCUUGGAGAAGUACAGAUGUAGCUUUUGGCUUCAAGUCGUUUAUGUGUUAAUGUAUUAGCCUUCACUCAAGACUGCUUUUUAUUCAAAGCAGCAUUCAUCUGUGUAAUUUGGGGACAUGGAUGAUUGGUUGUUACUUGCACAGGAGUUUCUGUCCAGAAUGUGAAGCUGCUGAGAGAGGCACACCUCCAUAGGUAGCUCAUGUGAAAAUGUUUUGGUGUUGCUUGCACGUGCCCUCCUGCAGUCCAGCGCACAGCCCUGCUGUGAACUGUAGGCCAGGUUUGCAAUUAUGUCUCAGGUGGUAGUUGGGCUCCCAGGUGUUGCUGGGGAUUUCCAGCCUUUGCAUGAAUGCAGCAGCAUGGUUUCCAAAAAGCAGCUGCAUGAUCAAGGCCACAUCCCAGUGGCUUUUGGUGGAGAACUUUCUCCUAAAAGAGUUGCACACAGGGUGUCAGCAGCUUGGGGAUUCACAAGUGUAUCUCCAGGACCGUAAGGCACAACUUAGAAACAUCCUUAAUUCACUCCAGUCUGCAGGUAGAAAGUGAGGGAUCGAUAUUUUUCUAUCAGUGGAAGUCUUCAGACAAACACCACAUCUCUAAUAGUCAACCCGCUUCUCUAACAGCUUCUGUGUCUUGGGCUGGAAACAUAUAUGCAACUGCCUUGAUGUUUCUGCUGAGCUUUUAUUCUUACAGUUUCUUUGUUAACAUUUUCUACCCACUAAGAAAUUUCUAUAAUUACACUCUGCCAUAACUGAUGGCCUUACCUGGCUUAGAGCUGUCAUUGAUAACCCAAGGUCCUGCUGUGCUAUCUCCAGGAGAUGAUUUGUCCCACUCCUGUCUUUGGAUGGGAUAAAUUGUAUACCCUGGAGGUGCCUCUUAAUGCCGUUCACGUGAAUCACAUGAAAGUGAUUACCUUCAUCUAUACACCCGAAUUUUGGAGGGUGGAGUCAAUGCAAACAAUCUUUCCUACUGAUCCUGCAUUUUACAUUAACUGUCUUAUUUUACAGCUUUCCUGUAGUGGUAGCCCAGUAGGCAGAAUCAACACAAAUGUCCUUGGCAUCUAGAAUUCACCCCUCCAAAGCAAAACCAAAUGUGGGUUUAUAGGAAGAUUUGCAAAGACCCAAAAGGGAGCUGCUUUGUUAAUUCUUGUUGACUUUAAGGAGUCAUCAGGAUGGUGGCCAUGUUUGAGGCUUUUGCCACUUGUGUUUCUUUGGCUUUCCCUCAUCUGAAGAGGAAGAAAGCAUGGAUUGACCUCAUUCCUCACUGCUUAUAUCCAAGAUCAAAUACCAGCCUCUCCCAUGAGAAGAGGAAACAGCAACAUGGGCUUCCUUACAUGGCUUUUCUCUUGGAAAUAGGACUUUUCACGCCUAGCAGAAUCCUUGGCCAAAGAUGAUGCUGACACUUUGCUCCUUGGCCAGCGAGGUGAUCUCAUUCAAAUCACAUCACCUCUCUGAGGUGCUGUCAGCCAU